UUUGUUGUAAUAAUCGAUUUUCAAUACUGUUAUAAUUAUAGUAUUACUCUGUGUAUAUUGAAAGAAAAAGAAUCGCGCAAAUCAAAAUAAGCAAUAGGUGGAUAAUAGUUAGGUAGACCGAAUUUGGGUUUUACUAGGAUUCGUGCACUUUUCAGUUAGUCAAGUUCUCUAGUUUCUAUUAACUUCAAUUCUCUUCAAGUAAUUAAGUAAACCAGCUAUAAACUACCUGUUAGGAUCGAAUGGCUUCAACUCAGAGUGUGGUGAGGAAGGAGGAAGCGGCUAUGAAUGAGCUAAUGAAGCAAGCCGAAGAAGCGAAACCCCAAGAUGAGAUGCUCUUUGGAGGUUGGAUUUACAACAAGAGCAAUGCUACCAAAAAAACCAUGCACUUUCACGCUGAGAAGACAUGGUCUGGCAAAUCCUAUCAUAAAUAUGAUGAAACAUUAGCAGAAUCAACCGAUUUUGCGCAAUUUGAACAAAAGGAGAAGGGAAUCAAAGCUGCUGUCGUGUAUUCCCUCAAAACUAGUGAUGAUCCACUUAAUCACUAUGGUUUUCUUUUGGCUUGGUCUGAUUCCUUCAAUGAAGAAAGUCACACUAGAAAGAUUUCAAUUAAAUGGAAUAGCACGUACUCUCCAUACCCUAAGCUACGAUACAAAGCAUUUGUAUGAUAUAGCUACGGCGGACAAAUCGAUUAUGUAUUGCUAAUAAUUAAGCUAGUAGCUAGCAACUACAUACUAAGAAUAUUAUAUAUGUAACAUAUACAAUAAAAUGUAUGUAUGCUAGAAGCUUGUACUAUACGUCUGUACGUACUAAUAAUAAAAAAAGUGCCUCUUUUCU